AUGUCAUUCAGCGAUACGCCGCAUAAAAGCAUAAGCCUUGAGCCUUUUAACAGGUUGGUGAAGUUUGCUGCAAGGGCAUUUUAUGAUGAUAUCACAACCAAGGGUGAUAAUCAGCAAAACAGAGGGAUUGCUGUAGUUGUGCUUGAUGCGCUUACCAGAUGACAAUGGGUUAGAGAAGAAGAUUUGGCCAAAGAUUUGAAAUUGCAUUCGAAGCAACUCCGUCGUACUCUGAGAUUUUUCGAAGAAGAAAAGCUUGUAACCCGCGAUCAUAGGAGAGAGACUGCAAGGGGUGCAAAGAUGUAUAGUGCUGCUGUGGCUGCCACCGCUGAUGGUCAACAUACUGGGAAGGGGGAUGAAAAAGUUAAGCUGCAUACCCAUUCUUAUUGUUGUUUGGAUUACGCACAGAUAUAUGAUGUAGUUCGAUACAGACUGCACCGAAUGAAGAAAAAACUGAAGGACGAACUGGAAGAUAAGAAUACAGUUCAGGAGUAUGUGUGUCCGAACUGUGGAAAUAUAAUGCUCUGGAUGCCUUGAGAUUGGUGUCUUUGGAAAAUGAAUAUUUUCACUGUGAAAACUGCAAUGGAGAACUUGUUGCAGACAGUGAUAAAAUAGCUUCACAAGAAAUAGGGGAUGGAGAUGACAAUGC